GCCAACAUGGCGGACCUCGAGGCCGUGCUGGCCGAUGUCAGCUACCUGAUGGCGAUGGAGAAGAGCAAGGCGACCCCGGCCGCCCGCGCCAGCAAGAAGAUCGUGCUGCCGGAGCCCAGUGUCAGUAUAAAGCUAAAUACAUCCAUGGUAUCCGAAAGGGAGAGCCCCAGACAGCACAGAUCAAAACAGAACAUCUUACCCAUCACCACUGGCAGUGAAAAUAUGCUACUAACUUCAUCCCUGAGAACUGACAAUCAAAAAGUAUCCGGAGUGUGAUGCAGAAGUAUCUUCAGGAGAGAAAUGAAAUCACCUUUGACAAGAUUUUUAAUCAGAGGAUUGGUUUCUUGCUAUUUAAAGAUUUUUGUUUGAAUGAAAUUAAUGAAGCUGUACCUCAGGUGAAGUUUUAUGAAGAGAUAAAAGAAUAUGAGAAGCUCGAAAAUGAGGAAGACCGCCUUUGCAGAAGCCGCCAAAUUUAUGACACCUACAUCAUGAAGGAGCUCCUGUCUUGCUCACACCCGUUCUCAAAGCAAGCCGUAGAGCAUGUUCAAAGUCACCUAUCCAAGAAACAAGUGACAUCAACUCUUUUCCAGCCCUACAUAGAAGAAAUUUGUGAAAGUCUUCGAGGCAACAUUUUCCAAAAAUUUAUGGAAAGUGACAAGUUCACUCGAUUCUGUCAGUGGAAAAACGUAGAAUUAAAUAUCCAUUUGACCAUGAAUGAUUUCAGCGUGCACAGGAUCAUUGGACGAGGAGGAUUUGGUGAAGUGUAUGGUUGCAGGAAAGCAGACACUGGAAAAAUGUAUGCAAUGAAAUGCUUGGAUAAGAAGAGGAUCAAGAUGAAACAAGGAGAAACAUUAGCCUUAAAUGAGAGGAUUAUGUUGUCUCUUGUGAGCACAGGGGAUUGUCCUUUCAUUGUCUGUAUGACCUAUGCCUUCCAUACUCCAGAUAAGCUCUGCUUCAUCUUGGAUCUGAUGAACGGAGGCGAUUUGCACUAUCACCUUUCACAACAUGGGGUGUUUUCGGAGAAGGAGAUGCGGUUUUAUGCCACGGAAAUCAUCCUGGGGCUGGAGCACAUGCACAGUCGGUUUGUGGUUUACAGAGAUCUGAAGCCUGCAAAUAUUCUCUUGGAUGAACACGGACAUGUCAGGAUAUCUGAUCUCGGUCUCGCCUGUGACUUUUCCAAAAAGAAGCCCCAUGCGAGUGUGGGCACCCAUGGGUACAUGGCUCCUGAGGUCCUGCAGAAGGGGACAGCGUAUGACAGCAGUGCCGACUGGUUCUCCCUGGGCUGCAUGCUUUUCAAGCUCCUGCGAGGGCACAGCCCUUUCAGACAACACAAAACCAAAGACAAGCAUGAGAUAGACCGAAUGACCCUCACCGUGAAUGUGGAGCUCCCAGAGGCCUUCUCCCCGGAACUGCGGUCCCUUCUAGAAGGCCUGCUCCAGAGAGACGCCAGUAAGCGGCUCGGCUGCCACGGAGGCGGGGCACAGGAAGUGAAGGAGCACAUCUUUUUCAAAGGCAUCGACUGGCAGCAAGUCUACUUACAAAAGUACCCUCCACCUUUGAUUCCCCCCCGGGGAGAAGUCAAUGCUGCCGACGCCUUUGACAUUGGCUCCUUUGAUGAAGAGGAUACCAAAGGCAUCAAGCUUCUUGAUUGCGACCAAGAUCUCUACAAGAACUUCCCCUUGGUGAUCUCUGAGCGCUGGCAGCAGGAAGUAGCAGAAACAGUUUAUGAAGCAGUAAAUGCAGACACGGAUAAAAUCGAGGCCAGAAAGAGAGCUAAAAAUAAGCAACUUGGACACGAAGAAGAUUACGCUCUAGGAAGGGACUGUAUCAUGCACGGGUACAUGCUGAAGCUGGGGAACCCGUUCCUGACUCAGUGGCAGCGUCGGUAUUUUUACCUCUUUCCCAACAGACUUGAGUGGAGAGGAGAGGGCGAGUCCCGGCAAAAUUUACUGACAAUGGAACAGAUUCUGUCUGUGGAAGAAACUCAGAUUAAAGACAAAAAGUGCAUUUUAUUGAGGAUAAAAGGAGGAAAGCAAUUUGUCUUGCAAUGUGAGAGCGACCCCGAGUUUGUGCAGUGGAAGAAGGAGCUGACGGAAACCUUCACAGAGGCUCAGCGGCUGCUGCGCCGCGCCCCCAAGUUCCUCAACAAGUCCCGGCCCAGCGUGGUGGAGCUCUCCAAGCCGCCUCUCUGCCACAGGAACAGCAAUGGACUCUGACGCCUUGGACGGGAGGGCCCCGGGGAGACGGGGCCGCAAGGAAGCCCGCACUGGGGGCUUUCAGCCCUUAAUGGGGAGCCUUUUGGAGAAGUCCGGGGGUCAGAGGUUUGGUCCGCUUGUCCCUGGGGCCCUUCCACAGCUGGCAGGACCCAGGUCGCCGAGGUGCUCCUUGUAGGAGCUGUGCCCAUGGUUGGGCCCGGCCGGCCUCCCACCCCUCCUGAGUGCCUCCUGCACAUGACUCUGUCCACGCUCGAAACUACUGAAGAGACAAACAGAAGUUCUCUUCCUUUCUUGCACACCUGUUUGGGUAGACGUGAACCUCGGACUUAAAAUGUCUGUAUGUCUGAUAGCAAACAUAUCUUAGACUUGCCAAGACGGAGGGCAGCCCCCUAUAGCAGGUGCCAGGUGACCCGAGGGCUGCCCUGUGUCCUCUGCUGGGCUCCUCCGUGUCUGCUCGCGCUCCUGGGCCCUGGGAGGUCAGCGUGCAUUUCCUCCAUGCGCUUCAGCACCAACCAACCUCCUGAUGCCCCACGUGGCGAGCUGAGGAUAGUUUCUGAGAAGGUUGCUCUCGGGCCCCCGCCCUGCUGCGGCCUCACCCAGGUCCCUGCCUGGGUCCCACAGGGAACAGAGGGAGCAUGCCCUCAGAGGACUUGGGGGUCGCUCAUUGCUGACAGCGUUCAACAGUGGAUGCUUGGAAGGCUUCACAGGGAUCCUGAAGGACAGGCGGGGGGGGGUUAAACUUUCAGGGCAACAGUGAUUUUCAGACAAAUCGCACUUUCACAUGUGUGGGCGUACACGGACGCUUGGGGCUGAGUCUGUGUGGGGCUCCGACAAUAAGCAGUUGUAGGACACGGUCAUCCUCGUUCCUGCCCCCAGGACACAUACCUGCAACCAGCAUGUGAAGGAAGGAAGGAAUUGCCCUGUCUUACGCUGUAGUAUAAUUUAAGAUGAAUGUUGUUGACAAAAGAAUGCUGAAGAAUGAAUGUGCUGAAAUGAGUUAACUGUGUAUGAUGACUUCCGUCUCACCCUUUGCCUGUCAUUAGUGAGUGGUACUGGGCCCCGGGUGGGGAGUCCCACGGUUCUCCCACGACGCGUCCGACAGCCUUUUCAUGCCCCAAAUAAAUGCUGGGCUAGAAGAACCAGUGUGUUUCCCAGUGAAGUCCUCUCUAUCACCUGACUGAAAAUAAUAACAGUGAUUUUUAAAGUCCCCAUAUCUGUCUUACUCUUCGUGCAAUCCUGUUGUAUGUUCCUCAAUUAACUGUUGACAACAUAGAUGACAGCAUCAUUACCUGCAUCCUGCACAGAUCUCCAUGCACUGUGGUCAUUGGGAAAAUUAUAUUUUGGGAGUUUGGAAGGUGAUUACCGAGAGUUUUUUAUUUCAUAGGGCUCCCUUUGGAAGAGAAAUGUGGAGGUCCACUACCCAUCUGAGCUAUCAGUUGGGGUUUAAAUCAAGACAUGCAUUCUACUCGGCUCUUUCCAGUAGAGGAGGACAGAGGCACUCUUUACGUGCCUUGCCCUGGUUUAAAAAGGAAGAAUGGCAUUCACAUUGUUUUUUUUACAAAACCACUGGCAACAGAAAGGUAGUCGUUCCUCAUAAAGGGUGAGUGGUUAAUGACCAUGGUUAAUGACCUCAGUCACUGCUAUCGCGGCCCCAUCCCAGGCGCCCAUCAUUCAGCACUUACAGGCUGGGAAUGGGCGUGCCCUGAGCCUCUGCCAGACAGAGCCAACACCCUCCUGUUGAGGAGGACACAGACUCCUUUGGGGUCUGGGCUUAGUCUUUCCCACUUACCACCUAGGGCAUUAGCCAUGCGAGCCUGCAGCUCUUUGAAAGACACCAUCUUUGCUCUGGAGAAGAACAGGAGGCUCAUCUGUCCUCAGAAAGGAAACAGGAAUUGGAAGACUUGCCUCAAGCCUAAAUUGCAAGCACUGGGGUCUCGUCCGGUGGGUCUGAUACCUGUGCUUGUCCCCGAAGCCGUCUGAUAGGGCCAGCGUCCCCGCUGCCACUCGGAAAACACUUCCGGACCCUUCUGUGCCAGGAACUCGUGCCUGCAAGGCCAGAGAAGGCCGCUGCUCUGCAGAGCUGUUCUAGAACGUUCUAAGAGUGUGACCUCAUUCCUUGAUGGCUGACCCUUCAACAUGCAGACCACAAAAAAGGACAAGAUGCAGCAUAUGUUUUCUCACUUGAAGAAGAUAAAGUUGAUGUUAUUUUUAUAAAGUUAUAAUGUCUUGACUUCAUGAAUCAAGGGAAUUAAUCAAGCAAAGUCUAAAAGAUGACUUUAAGCCACUCUACAACGUAUAUGGAAGAAGCUAAAAACUUCAGUGAAUCCAAGGUUAUUUUUCCAGGCGAGAAUAUUCUCUCCGGUGCAUUUGCCCCUUCAUGGCACCGGGAGGCAUGCUUUUUCCCUUCUGCAUUGUGUUUUAAGGAUGAUUUUUCAGCAAAAAUUCUAGAAAUUAGCCGUUUCACUGUUAAAGCAAAUGUUUUCGCUACUCAUGCCUCUGAUUGGCCAAUCCACGGAUGUGACAGUUUCAAAAUUUGUGUGGAACAGGAGGGACCAGAUGUGGAGGAAAGCAGGCAUCCCGCUCAGGAAAGCCCACGGCAGCAGCACACAGCCAUCCGUUUGGAGCAAGACCUAGCUUGACAUGUGAUUUGAAAUGCGUCCUGUGGACACCAGAAACUAUUGUUUUAAGGCCCUCAUGGGCCCUUACAGGAUAUCCUUUACCCAUUCACAGGGAGCUUUAACUCCACGAAAAAGAUCAAAGUGUGAUCUUUCUCUGAUGAUUUGAAAAAUGUCACUCGGAAUUUGUAGUCAGGCCGGUUGGACCCAGCAUUUGACUUUUCGAUGGAAUUGAUUUUUCACAUCAAGAAGAAAGCCAAAUUCUCAAAGUCAGGCCCUUUUUCACUUGCUGUAAAUCUAUGAAAGGUACUUUGAAAUGUGCUGGGGUAAGAGAAGACUGAUUCCGUAGGACUUAAUCAUACGUGAUUUUUUUUUUUCUUAGUAAUUUUGUUCGGGGAAGUGUUCCUGGGUCAUUUGGAAACGCCUGCUGAAUUAUCUCCACACCCCCGAGGACUGGCGACGUUUGUGCCCGGAGAGGAGGUGGGCUUCACGGGAGCAUAGGACAGGUGGUGGCUGGGGGGGCCAUGGGCAGGUGGAGUGGGUGUCUCCUAGACAAGAACAAUGGUAGAAAUGGGGCAAGGAAGGCUGUAACUUGCAGGUUAAAAAAAAUAAAAUAAUCACUCCCUUUACACGAAGCACCAAAGAAAUGACUGACUAAAGUUGGCUGAUUCCUUCCCUCUUUACAGAGGGAGUUGAAUAGUAAUGAUUGUGGAGACAUGGUCACUUUAUUUUCGAUAAUGGAGCCACUGGAAUUAUGAAUAGCCCAUCGACUUCCCAUAAGGGCCCUGCGUACCCUCCAGCACCCUCCAGGAAGGCACCUGGCACCCAGAGCUAACCGUCCCCCCUCACCCCAUCUUUGCGCACCUUGCGGCCACCAGCAGCUCCAGGCAUGGGGGCUGGGUGGCCCCCCUGGGGGCCCUGUGGCCAGCUACAGACCUUUAUCACACAUCCACUGGGGCCACAAUAAGAUUCCCCAGACCAGCGACACCCAGCUUGCUGUUUAAGCCAUGCCCACUUCCAGAGGGAGCUUUAAUAGUUGAAAUGUUUGGAAAACAUUUUUCCCUGGAGACCUAACAUGAUUUCCCCUCCUCCCACGAAAGGUUGACUCCAGAGGUUUGAAUUCCUCAAUUACUUAAAUUCCUAUGAAUAUGAAUUUUUUUUCUUUUCAUGUGGCCACAUUUAGAAAAAGAGUUCUUUUCCUAUUAACUAAUGAAAGUCGAACUCGGGAAUACUACGGUUUCCUCGCGUUGUAAUGGACUUGAGAUUUCUUUCCCCCUCAAAGACUAACAUACCUGCCCUUUUAGAGCUGAGGGACCAGGAUGCCCUCCCUGUGGUGGCUGAUGCGGGGCCUCUCACUGACGCAGCCAGGGGAGCACUGGUGAAUGCCACACCCCAAAUAUUUAAUUACCUUUAAUGAAAUGCGCUCACACUCACUAUAGAAAGUGAGCUCAUAGUAUAGGCAUGUCAUCAAAACCUACAGGAACAAUAACUGUGUUUUAAAAUUUCAGCAACUCACAUUCUUACCCCAAACUCCCCAACACCACGAUCUCAAAACCAUCUCUGAAAACUGGUCGUUCUGCUUCCGUAUUUUAUUUUGUCCUGAUCUAAAACAUCUUUGAUGUAAGGGUAGGGAAUGGAGAACUAUUUCUAACCGUGCACUCAAAAUUACAAAAGGACUCGAACUUUAAUUCCCUGAGUAUAUUCCGUGAUGUAUAUAUUCUAAGUGGUUUGUAAGCUAAACACUGGCCAUUUUUUUUAAGUUCUAUUGUGAAAUCGUAUUUUUCUAUGUUUUAACUAAUUCCAAGAGAUUUGGCUUUUUCUGAGUAACAUAAAGAUUGCCGAACAACAUAUAUAUAUUAUAUAUAUAUAUAUAUAUUAAAAAACAGAGUUCUAUUUUAGCACAAAAGCAUUUUAUAUUAUUUAUUGAAUCCUUACCUUUGUUUUCGUCAGAGACAUUCCUUCUUUCUGCUCCUUUUUCUUUGUAUAGUUUGUUAUUUAAAGAAACAGCAGCCCUUUCUGUGCUCCAUGAAAUAAAGUGGGAAUAAUGUGCACAGCCCCCGGGGCGAACAUCUCCCUCCCCACCCCCCACUGCCAUGGACUGUUUGCAACAAAAGCUCAUCCUGGGCUCUGCACCGAGAGUCAUGUGCACUUCCCUGGCCACACCUGACUGCACACAUGCCAUGAAAUACUGCUUCCAUCUACCUCUCCGGAAGGCCCCCAACGCUUUGGUAUCAAAGAAUCUCAGUAAUGCAUCUCCCUCUGGAUGUUGGCUUGGAAGCCGCGGCCCCGUCUCAGCCAUCGCGGCAGACCCACCUCCCUCCCGGUCGUUCUACUCCCAGAGCCCAGGGCCACCCACGGAGCACCGUUCCCCACACCCCGUCUUGCCGCUGGCUGUCAGCCUGAUGUGUCAAAGACUAAAUGAGAGAUUGGUCCUCAGCAUGGGGCACGGGGCCAGCCGUGUUUUAAAACACCACCUCUAGGAGCAGCGCCUUUGAACGUGACCUCCCUGUCCCCACCCCUGAUGCACAGCUGUUUCCAAAUGGUUUGGAAGAUAGGGUCAUAAAGGCCAGUGCCCUCACAUGUGGUCAAACCUUUGGCAGUGGUCUUAUUUUCGAGCGGACGGACCCUUUAGGAUUUCCGUGAACUAGAACGACCAGUCCCUGGGAGGGUCUUGGAGGGGGGUGUCCCUCCUCACAUGCUGACAUUUCUCUCUGCCUGUCUUCCUCGCUGUGUAGCCGUCAGGGUGGCCCCAUUCUCUCUCUGUUCCCGGCCAAGCGUCAAGCCCUUAAAGAAACAAAACCGUUUCCUGCUGAGCGCGGCUCUACAAGAUGAAGCUGGUGAAUUAGAUGCUGUAAAUCUAGCUAUUGUACCUGGGAAAUUAGCAUUCGUUGUGAUCUCUCUUCACCCUGAUUGUGCCCGUGGAGGUGUGCAGCCCUCUCUCGGUAUCCACUUACUCGUGCACGUUUGAGGUCCCAGCCCACUGGAGAUGCUGUCCCACGCCUGCGGGCUCCCGCCCGGCGCAGGGCUCGUGCUGUCCUUUGGUAUCACCGUCUUUCACGGCUGCUUGGGAGCAGCAAUGCUGGUUUCCUGUGUUGAUAAAUUGCUUCUAUGAAAUCUCAAUAAAAAGGUUCUGUACAAAGAUA